UGGGAGAUCUAUUUCCUGAGCUGCUUCUGGAAUUGAGCUGGAUUGCAUGGCUGUGUUUAUACGCACCCGGAUCAGCUGCUCAACCCAAAAGACAGUGUGUGGCUUUGCUUCUGGGGACACUUUGGAUAAAAGGAGAGAUCCGCAGAACGUUGUUUCCGCUGUGUAGGAAAUGAUGAAAUAAGCCGAAGCAAUUCAGCAAGUGAAGGCUGGUAGCAGGAAAGCUGAGAAGGUUCCAGAAGAAGGGAUCCGGGCUGGCGCAUGGCUGAUUACAGGCCGGGAAAGGUAGCAAAACUUGCUACACUGCGGUAGUCCUUGGCUCCUUUGGCCAGCUUCCUUCUUUAAAAGGAUCUUCACUGCCUAUUUGGGAGACUCCUGGCAGCCCCUUUGUGGUGAUUAUCCAGCUUUCGGGGGAGCAGAAAGUAGACAAGAUACUGUUAUUCUCCAGAAACGCCAGUGCCUUGCAGGAGCUCAGGGCUUGGUGAAGCGGCACGAUCAACACUUCCAGGAUGGUGAGAGGUCUCUUAUCCCUUCAUGUCGCCUAUUAUGGGAAAUAAAAAACGCAGCCGGGCCAAUUCUGGGUCCCUACAAAAAAAAUCCACCAAGGAGCUUAUAAUAGAUGAACUUUGCCCUCUUAGUGACGAUGAAAGAAACAUCAUUAGUAUUACAAUUCCCACAUGUAAUCAAUGGUCCAUCUCGAGAGCAGCAUAUCUCUUCUCCUUAGAGAGGCCAGUUUCCUCAACUGACGGCCCAAUUUCACCAGGAGUAACAUUAAUGCCUGAUGAUCCAGAGUCUUUAGUGGAGAAAUGGUUAGCAUUGGCUCAGAAAUUACAGCAACAGUCCACUUUUCCCAUGGACUCUGUAGCAAAGCGAUGUCUGUUGUCGGCAAAAAUGGCGGUAACGCUCUUGGAAGGAAUCACUUCUGUGAGUACGAAAGUGGACCUAUUAGUGACAUCUUUUGAACAUGUUACUCAGAAGUAUUUGGCAAAGGCAGACUCUGUAACUAAGUCUUCAGGGCCUAGUUUCGGUGAUGAAGCAGGCUCAGCCAAUCAACACAAACAACCGACUGUAACCUUGGAUUUUGGCCAGCCUGCAGCUGGAGUUGGAAGAGCUAACUGGGCAUUACAGUUAAAUCAGGUUAUGCUUUAUGUCUGUCUGAAUAAUAGUAACAGAAAUCGUUGGCACUCUCGCCAAGAAAUAAUCUGUUCCUUGAGCCAGCUCUUGAGAUGUGGGCCUCAGUUUAUUGAUCUGGUUGCCACCAAUUGGCUACCGAGCCCUCCAGAAGCUAAGAGGGUUUUGUUGACUUUUAAUCAGCCCAAGAUUCCGCAUAUGCUGUUAAAGAGGAAAACUUUCUUGCGGGCUUUCCAAAUCACACCUGUCCGAGUAUUCCGUGACAUGACUGUAAGGCCUCUCUUCCAUCAAUCCAGCUCAAAUCCAUUGCAUCUCACUAUAGAUAAGCAGCCUGACACAGACUCUGUUGCCAUUUCUAAUAAGUCCUCCACCUUCUCAGAGGCUAGAGAAGAAUAACAUAGUAAGAAAUCAGCUCUGGCCUGCAACCCAAAAAACGACUUGAAUGUUUCAACGGAGGAACGUCUGGCUGAUUACUUUGGGAUAUUGCCAAGCAAUGAACAGGAUGAGAUCACUUUAAAAAAAAAAUCAUAUUUUUGUACCGCCUGAUGGGUGCAUCUCCAGGCGGCAUUAGAGGACUUCCCUACACUCUUUCGUGAACCACUCUCAGCAUGUCUUGCUUCUAAAAAGAAUUACAGUCAAAAAUCUGUUAUUGAUGACCUACUAUCGAUACAAGAAGCAAGUGACUCCUGUGCUCUCCACUCAGAACUUUGAGCUUAUUUCACUCAACAGCUCCUCAGCCCACGAAAUGGAUUUGAUUCAACUAGCUGGAAGAGAGAAUAUUGACCCUUCAGUAGCAAGUGCCGAAGAGGUGGAAAACCUGGUACAGUGGAAAUCCUCACUCCCCCCAACAGCUGAAGAUAGGCUGCCAAUGUGUCCUGAUGUAGAAAGAGGCACUUGCAUGGAAGACCCCAACUUGCCAGCAGCUUCAAACCCUGCUAAUUGACUGUCAAAAGACCCUGGCUUCAUAAAAGUGGUCUCCUAGAAUAUUGCUGGCUGGCAGAAUAAGUUUGUGGAUGAUAAUUUUGAACCAUAUCUGAAAAGGUUUGAUGUAAUCCUUUUGCAGGAUGUAUGGUGCCAGGAUACGUUUUAUUAUAUCUGUGAGCCAUCAAACAGGAGAGAGCAAGUGGUGGGCUGUGAACUUUCAUCUCAGUGGAGCUUGAGGGAGAUGUUGGCCAAAGGGAUUGGUCUGGUAGUGAGUAUAUACAGACAGUUCAUAGUGCUAGCAAAUAUUGGGGAUCCAUUCUUUGCAUUAAUAUAUAUCUCCCUGUGUAUAUCCCCCAAAUUAUACCCUGUGGGUCGGAAUUCCGAUUUGUGGCUCCAGGUCUGGUCCUCCCUUACAAACGUUGUUGGAGAAAGUUGAGCAACUGCUGCCAGAUGCUGAUAGUUGGGGAUUUCAGUGCUAGAGUUGGCCAGAAUAUAAACAGCUUUAUUAAAAAGACACAGAACCCUUUCACAUGAUCAGGGAGAAAGGGCUCCUCGCUGCAAGGGAGGGAGCGUUAAAAUGCUUACCUGUCGGCGGUGCACGUUCCUGUGAGAAAUUUAAAGCGGCUGCCACAGUACAGAGGAGUGAAGCCGGAGUUUUAGCAGCAGCUAAACUGCAGUCAAGUACACAGGGGAUUGAAGCAAGGGAAAUUACCCCUCUUAGAGCCGCUGGUCCAUAAAUUGUAGUCACUGCCAAGUCCAAUCAGGGUCGUUGCCUGGAGAAGGGUCGAGUUGCUGGUUCCGUGGUCUAAGGGUUCCAGGGAAAGUCACCUGUCGAUAUCCAGGCCAAGGUUGGGGGUCCAGGAGCAAAACAUCACAAGGGUUCUGCGAGCUGGAAACUGAAUCUGCACACCAGAGUGAUCAGCUGAAACCAGUGUGAGGCAGAGGGAGAGGUCUGGCUUUAUACGCCACUCCUUUCUGACCGGCUGCUUCUGCAUUGCCCAACACGCUGCUCCUUUCUGCAUUCUCUCCGGCAUUGCACGUGGCUCACUGGACUGCUGUUUGGUCCUGGCUCCUCCCAGUCUGAAGAAAGCAACACUCCCCAACAACAUCUUGCUGUUCUACAGCAGGUGAGUGCUCUGUCUGAGGGGCUUCCUCCUCUGCCUCCUGCAGGAGGAUCCCCUCGGGGCUGGAACCAGAAAAUUCCUCAUCAGAGUCCUCUGAGUCAGACCACUGCCUGACAUCACCUCACCCACAGACGAACCUUGUCGUCUGGCUGGGCCAGCAGAUCGCUCACACAGACAUUCGCUGGCUGCUACUGGCAGCUGGGAGGCCCCUGGAACUCCCAUAAUUCACCCUGCGAGUGCACGGUGCAUAAUGGGGAACCUGCCAAUGCAGGCUAGGAGGCUACUCGUGUAGGUGCCACGUGGCACUGCCACACGAUUAAUUAGCCACGAGUAAGAGCAUGUGUAGUGACCAGCCUCCUCUCCCUCUAAAUAGUUAGCAGGAAGUGAACCCUGUCUUGACUGACAGGCUGCUGAACUCCAGGGCUCAGCCAAUCAGCACACCAGAUAGGUGGGACCUAAAGAGCUGUUGCCAGGAAGAAGGGAGUUCUUUGUUGGGAGAAGCUAGGCCGGAGGUGCUCAGGAGAACAUGUGGCCAUGGAGGUUGGCUGCAGGAGGAUAACUAAAGCCUGGGAAGACAAGAUUACAGGAGGCUUGAAGUUUGGUGUUUGGAGUUUGGUGAGUUCAAGGGAAAGGAACAUUUAGUCCAGGGAAAAGUUUGUUUAGUCAGACUUUGCAUUAGGGAUGUUAUAUUUCUCUGGUGUGUGUGCUCUGCAUAUUCUGGAUACUGUUCUAUUAUAGUUUACCUGCAACAUAAUUAAAAUAAGAAACACUAGACUAUGCUCAAUACACCUAGGGCAUUACAAAAGCCUCUGUAAACAUUUAAGUGUGCAUUAAGACAACCUAUUUUUUGAAUCCUACUAAAUAUUUUUAACUGUAUCUAAAAGCUGAGAAAGCCGCAGAUGGAAGCAGUCUGUAGUAAUUGAAUAAAACUGUUUUUUCUUUUCGUUUUACAA